CAGACUAUUUAAAUGUGACUUGCAAGAGCAAUUGAUUAACAUUCCUGUACCAGUGGUCAAGCAGUAAGGAUACCAAUAUUUAGCGGCUCUCACCAAAACCCCCUUUAAAGGAUACAAAUCAUCAAUUUUUAAUAUAUAAAACCAACACAUCUGACAAACAAAAAAACCAAGUGGAACACGGCAUGCAAUUUGUUUAAAACCUUAACAGUGAAGUGAUACGAAACAUUAUAACCACUCAGAAAAAAAAAAUUAAUUAAUUAACUAAGAAAAAAAAAAAACAAAAACAAAUUAUGAAUCCAAUAGUGAUAUUCUCAGUGUGUUUAGUGCUGACAACAUUCUCAGCAUGCAGUGGAAGACCAGCAGAAUCAGAACAAACCGUUGGUCGCUAUAUACACAUGGUUCAGCCGUAUGUUCAUGUUCAUGAUAAUCGUGAACUUGGCCAAUAUGUGCACAUACCAAAUCCUUAUGAUGGGGGCUAUGGUCCAUAUUCUGGUCUAAAUAAUCCCUAUCGACAUGAUGAAAGUGGAAACUACGACAAGUACACAGUAAGUAAUGCUGAUUUUGAAAUACCUGCCAUUCGUCUAGAAUACGGUUUCCCUGAUCAUGAUCCUGAGGGUUUAAAUAAAAGGAUGGCCUGUGUGUUGAGUGGUCCUUCUUCUCAUAAUAAAAUUUCUACUGAAAAACCUAUCAUCAAAGUUUUUGAAAAAUUAACUGAAAAACCAAUUAUUGUUUCUGAAAAACCAAUCAUAGUUUCUGAAAAACCAUCAUCAAUUACAGUCUCUGAAAAACCAAUUAAUGAUGUUGAAAAACCACCCGUCGUACUCGAUGUUUCUAACAAAUCGGUAAAAGAUAUUGAAAAACCGGUAAAUGAUGAGAUUAAAAAUCCAAUCUUUAAAGAUGACAUUGAAAAUGAGACUGAAAAAAAUAUUGAAAUUAGGCACACAAAAUGUUUCUUAUUUCCAAAAUUUCCUUAUACGCAGACCACAACAACGACUACGAGAAAGCCAACGACAACUACAACGACUACCGUUAAGCCACGUCUAUUCAAUUACUACGAAGAAGGAGGCUGGAAAAUCCUUCGUCAGGAGGAAGAAAAGGAAAAGCAUAAAUAUGAUUUCUUGUACCACACUGAAAACGGUAUUUAUGGUGAAGAAAAGGCAAAAUUACAUCCUGGUGCUGGAACACAUGCAACUGGCUACUAUGAAUACACCGGUGACGAUGGUGAGCUGUAUCGUGUAAACUACAGUAGUGACCACAAUGGAUUCAAGGCCGAAGGAGAUCACAUCCCAACACCACCACCAGUUCCAGAUGCAAUCAAGCGAGCUCUUGAAUAUGUUGCAAAGAAGAAGGAAACUCAUGGAGCUCAUCAAUCUGGCCGAUACGAACAUAAAGCCGAUCCAAUCAGGCUACAAAAUAUGCCAACCAUUGAUCGUCCAUUGAACCAACAGCAACAGCAACCUAGAUCACUCCCACCUCUGCCAACUUUGGCACCACAACAACCAAGAUCACUCCCACCAUUACCAACUUUAGCACCACUUUCAGCCCAGCCAAGAUUCAUUCAAUAUUCUGGUAGCAAUCAGUAUAAUGCCCUGCCAACUAUUGCCCCACAAAAUGCUCCACAAAGGGCUUAUCAACUACCAAGCUUAAACUCGCAAAGGCCUGCUGAUCAACUUAUUCAGCAAACUCAACUUGCUUCACAAUCUCAACCUGAUCAAUUGCCUCAAGUUCAAGUUCUUUUGCCACAGGUUCAAGAUCAAAAACCAGUGAUAGUUGAACAAGUUGAAGUUGCAAGGCCGGUUCAAGUGGUUGACCAACCUGCUCAACAAGUUGAAUUGUCAUCUGCACCAGUUCAAUUGCCACAGCAAGAAGUUCAACAAGCACCAUUAGCUCGCGUCGAAGAAGAACAGCCUCAAUCUGAUCAACCUCAAGAAGAUCAACCUCAACCCCAGUUAGAUCAACCUCAAGCCGAUCAACCACAACAAAGUGAGCCAGAACAACAGCCCAGAGAGGAAAUUCCAAUUAAAGAAGAGCAGCCAGCUGAUGAGCUAUUACAAACUCAACAAUCAAAAGAAUCAGCUGUUAUUGUCAAACCUGACAAAAUCGAUUCAACAUCAACAAUAAAAGAGGUAUCUCCUGAAUCUUCCGAUCAAGAUAACACAUUUCAACCACCUUAUCAAGUUCCAGAAAAAUUAACAGACGAAACGGAUUUUGAACUAACAAUGGCUUAGAGAAGGAGGUUCAAACAAAUUUGUGCUCGCCGAUGCUGCCCGCAGAGAGACAGACAGCAAACCUAUUUUUAUAUAUAUAUUUUUUUUUUUGUUA